AUGUUUCGACCGCUACUCUUCAUAGGAACUCUUUGUUUGUUUGGGAUUGCUGUUCAAGCUAGACCGAAAAGACAAUGUAUUGGUAAAGCAGCCGACAUCAUGUUCGUUUUGGAUUCUUCAAGUAGCAUCUGGCGUGUGGACUACAACAAACAGCUACGCUUUGUCGCUGACCUUGUAGACAGCUUCGAUGUUGGCAGCGGCAAAUCGCAAGUCCGAAUUGGAGCUAUAACAUUUAGUGACCAAGCCUAUCUGGAAUUCCCUUUGGACCGGUACACUGACCCUGUCCAACUGAAAGAGGCCAUCUUAAAUAUUACACACAGAGAAGGUCGGACCUUCACAAACAAAGCCCUCAGGUUACUUAAAGAACAAGUUGAACCCCAUUUGACUGAGAGCAAAGGCCCAAUUGUAGCCGUUGUAAUUACAGACGGCCGGUCAGCACAGCCAGCCGAUACGAAAGCCGAAGCUGAGAAACUGCAUCAACUUGGCAUUCAUGUUUAUGCUAUUGGCGUUGGCAAUUCCAAGAAUUACGACAUCGAGGAACUGAAAGCAAUUGCAAGCGACCCGGACAAUGGUGUUUAUACUAUUUCCAGUUAUUCGGCUUUGAAAGAAAUUACACAAAAGUUCCACAUCCAGCCUUGUGGAGAAGAAACCAUCACACCAUCGGUCGCCGCAGACCCCACGACCAGAGCAACCACUGAGGCUACUACUACCCCGACGAAAGACUUAGUCGAAAAGCCAGUUAAAACUGAACCUGACCACCCAGGAAGAACUCCGCCAAGCAUUAUCCUGUUCGGUUACGACCUCGUUGGUAUGGGAGCCUAUCGCUCUGGAAUGAUUCACCAAUUUAUCAAAUCUAUCCUCCCAUACACCGGCUAUGGACACUUCGGUAUUGUCUCCUACGGCUACUGCCCAUCCAGUUUCAACGUCCCCAUCACAUCUCUUAUGGACAAGAACCCGUCAAUUAUUAAAGACAGCGUCGUUACUGACGGUAAACUGCCCGAUCUUGUCGAUGUCGUCCGAAAAAUGAGACAUGUCUUGUCUACCCGUUCUGCCCAGAACGGCAUCAGCGGCCAUAUUGAAAACCAGGCAGCCGUUUUGUUUGUCGAUCCGUCCGUCACCACCAUCACCCCAGAACUGACCAAGGAAAUCAAAAUGCUUAAAAAGAAUGGAGUCCAGCUAUAUUUGGUCAAUGUCGGCCGGUGCGCAUGGCCACAGGCUGAUCGGCUUUACUCUAUGAGCAGUCAACCCUACCACAAGUACAUGUUCAAUUCUCCCUCAUACCACCAAUUGUUACUCCAAGCUCAACACAACCCUCUCCAUUUCAGAUCAAUCUAUAAUAAAUCCAUCCCAAAUCGAUUCAUAUCCUAA